CAUUACUCAUCAUUCACAACAGUCAUCUCUACAAUUCCAGUUCCUUGGCAGAAAGAUGGCUACAAGUUUUGACAAAUUUGAAGCAGAAAUUCACUCAAAUUAUGACAGGAGAAGUGAAUUGAAGUCGUUUGAUGAUUCAAAAACUGGUGUAAAAGGUCUGAUAGAUGCUGGAGUGGCAAAGAUCCCUAAGAUAUUCAUCCAUGAUCAGUGCAAGAUCAGUGAGAAGCCAUCUGCGGGUAACAACAAGCACAGCAUACCAGUUAUAGACUUGGAAGGUGUCCAUACAGAUGCAAAUCUUCGCAGGCAGAUAAUUGAUCAACUUGGAGAAGCCUGCCAGGAAUGGGGUUUCUUUCAAUUGAUCAAUCAUGGAAUUCCAGGCGAUGUUUUGGAUGGAAUGGUUGAUGGGAUCCGUCAGUUUCACGAGCAAGACACUGAGGUUAAAAAACAGUUCUUUUCACGAGAUACAAAGAAAAAGGUCAGCUUUAAUUCCAACUUUGAUCUCUACCAAACUAAGGCAGCUAGUUGGAGAGAUUCCUUGUAUUGUGCGAUGGCUCCUAAUCCACCAAAUCCUGAAGAAUUGCCUGAAGUGUGCAGAGAUAUUACUAUCGACUACUUGAACAAAGCAAGGAAUUUGGGGCUGACAUUGUUGGAAUUACUGUCGGAAGGUCUUGGACUUGAUUCCAACCAGCUGAAAGAUUUGGGAUGUGCAGAAGGAAUUUUUUUCACUGGUCAUUAUUACCCUGCAUGCCCUGAACCAGACUUGACUUUGGGCAUUAACAAGCAUAGCGAUAGUGGGUUCAUUACAAUUCUCUUGCAAGACCAAAUUGGUGGCCUUCAAGUCCUGCAUGAAGAUCAAUGGGUUGAUGUUACCCCUGUUCCUGGAGCUCUAGUCGUAAAUUUGGGAGAUCUAUUACAGAUGAUGAGCAAUGAUAAGUUCAAAAGCGUGUAUCACAGAGUAAUAGCAAAAACUGUUGGACCUAGAAUCUCAGUGGCUUGUUUCUUCGGAACCCAUUUCGAGGAAGGGACAGCGUCAUCCGCCAGACUCUAUGGACCUAUCAAGCAGUUGCUGUCGGAAGAUAAUCCUCCAAUAUACAGAGAAACUACUGUAAGAGAUUAUGUUGCUCAAGCCUACACAAAAGGGCUUGAUGGGAUCACUGGCACUGGACUCGAUUAUUUCAAAUUAUACAUAAAACUUACUAUUACAACAGCAGUUGGUAGCUGGGGGCAAGAGAUCAUGGAUACCCCUUCAGGCAAUUUUCAAAAGCUGGAAUGUGACUACGACAGGCAAGCUCAACUAAAGGCCUUCGACGAAACAAGGGCCGGCGUUAAGGGCCUUAUAGAUGCUGGAAUUACAAAGAUUCCCCGGAUUUUUAUCCAUGAUCAAUCUAAGAUCAACGACAACCCUUGUGCAGGUCCCCAUAAAUACAGCAUACCUAUCAUUGAUUUCGAAGGCAUCGGUAGAGAUCCAAGCCUUCGCAGAAAUGUAAUUGACGAGGUUAGAGAUGCCAGCGAGAAAUGGGGUUUUUUCCAGGUAAUAAAUCAUGGAAUUCCAGUAUCCCUUUUGGAUGAUAUGAUUGAUGGGAUGCGAAGAUUUCAUGAGCAAGACAAUGAGGUGAAGAAACACUUCUUCACACGGGAUGAGACAAGGAAUGUGAUUUAUAAUACCAACUUUGAUUUCUACCAAGCCGAGGCAGCUACUUGGAGGGAUUCACUGUACUGUCUUAUGGUUCCUCAUGCUCCCAAUCCUGAAGAGUUGCCUCCGGUUUGCAGAGAUGUAAUGGUUAAGUACUCAAACAAAGCGAUGCAAUUAGGAUUAACCAUAUUGGAAUUGCUAUCUGAAGCUGUUGGACUUAAUCCCAACCACUUGAAAAAUAUGGGGUGCGCAGAGGGACUUUAUUUUACUGGCAAUUACUACCCAGCAUGCCCUGAACCAUCCUUGACAUUGGGCGUCCGCAAGCACACAGAUCUUGCCUUCCUUUCAAUUCUCUUACAAGAUCAAUUGGGCGGCCUUCAAGUCCUCCAUAAAGAUGAAUGGGUUGAUGUUACUCCAAUUUCAGGUGCUCUAGUAAUUAACUUGGGAGACAUGUCACAGCUAAUCACCAAUGGCAUGUUCAAAAGCGUGUAUCAUAGAGUACUGGCAAAAAAAGCCGGCCCAAGAAUCUCAGUAGGUUGUUUUUUCAGAACGCACAUUGAGAAAGGAGCUUCGUCCACGGUGUUUGGACCCAUUAAGGAGUUGCUGUCAGAAGAAAAUCCCCCAAUAUAUCGAGAAACCACUAUAAAAGAUUUUCUCACAAAAAUCUAUUCAAAAGGGUUUGAUUGGAACUCUAGACUGGACCAUUUAAAGCUUUGAACUGUUGGCUGGAGACAUUUAAGUAAGUCGGUACUCAUCAUGGUUCAUGGUUAAUGCUUUUCUCCCUAUGCUAACACUUCCAUACUCAGCAGCCUGGACAGUGGAUGCGUCUUGUCUCUCCCCAUUAUUUCUCUCUUUAUUUUUUUUUCUCCCAACAGAUGCUAUUGACAUCUGAAAUUUAGAUCUAUAUAUGAUACAUUGCACUUAUC